AUGCAGAUGAUAAAGAACAUUGCUCUCUUUGCAGGCGUUGCCGCUGCUUUGCCUGCUGCCUGCCCAGCUCCUCAACCAGAGGCACCAGCAAAAUUCGGUCUAAUCGCCAUCCGCUCCGGCAGCCCUGUUCAGAACACCGGCAUCACAGCCUCCAAGGGCAGCCUCCUCAUCGGUGGCAACCAGAGCGACGCUAGCUGUGACGUUCAAGGUACCAAUUUUGCCACAUUCUACAUCCAGGAUGGAGCCGCAUACCUGUAUGCUGCCAGUGCUACGCCUCAGCAGCUUUGGGUUGAUCGCUCAGGAAUGGGUCAGGGAGUCAAUGGCUACACUACAGGUGCCCAACCGGCGCCUCGCAAUGCCGAGCGUACGGGCUUCUCUAUCAACGACGAGGGAUAUCUUGUCUUCGAUGGCCAAAGCCCAAAGGCCUGUCCUUCUUUCGAUGGAGCGUACUCACUAUGGUUCACAAGCGCGGAGAAACCUGCCUAUCAAGACGGUUGCAUUGGUGUGGCUCUCAAGACCAUUCCAACCGAGACUCCAGUUUCUUGUGCCWACUCCUCUUCAUGA